CUCGCCACACUACACACGCCUACUCAGGUCACACAAAGUGACAAGCCAAGCUACCACCGUACGCUCAGUAGCAGCCCGCCUCUCGCCGGCCGCGACAAGGCGGCGACAUGGUAGGAGCCAUGCCCCCUGAGGCUCUGCCCCGCGAGGUGAGCGGCAACGGCUACAACGCCAAGCACCUGCAGCGGCAGCUGCCGGCGCCGCGCGCCGAGGCCGAGUGCAAGUGGUACGAGGAGGAGAUCGACGACGACCUCAAGCUCUGCUACGCUCUCAACAGUGUGCUGCACCGGGGGACGAGCAAGUACCAGGAGAUCGCGCUCCUUGACACGAAGCAUUUUGGGAAGGCUUUGAUAAUCGAUGGGAAGAUGCAGAGCACGGAAUUGGAUGAGUUCAUCUACCACGAGUCCUUGAUACACCCGCCUCUGCUCUUCCAUCCAAACCCGAAGACCGUGUUCAUCAUGGGAGGUGGUGAGGGCUCUGCAGCGAGGGAAGUCCUGCGACACAAGACCGUUCACUGCGUGGUCAUGUGCGACAUAGACCAGGAGGUUGUGGACUUCUGCCGAACGUACUUGACGGUGAACCGCGAAGCGUUCGACAGCGAUAAGCUCUGCCUCAUCAUCAACGACGCCAGGGCUGAGUUGGAGAAGAGCAGUAAGAAGUUUGACGUGAUAGUUGGAGACCUGGCAGAUCCAGUGGAAGGAGGCCCCUGCUAUCAGCUGUACACCAAAUCGUUCUAUGAGCAUAUCGUCAAGCCCAAGCUUAAUGACCACGGCAUCUUUGUCACCCAGGCUGGCCCUGCCGGUGUUCUUACUCACAAGGAGGUCUUCUCAUCGAUUUACAACACCCUUAGGCAUGUCUUCAAAUAUGUUCAAGCUUACACUUCUCAUGUUCCAUCGUUUGCAGACACCUGGGGCUGGGUCAUGGCCUCGGACCAUCCAUUCGAUCUCACUGCCCAGCAGAUCAAUGAAAGGAUCAAAGACAGGAUAGAGGGAGAGCUUGUCUACCUGAGCGGGGAGUCCCUCAUUUCCUCUACCACACUGAACAAAAGCGUUCAUCAGUCCCUGUUGAAUGAGACCCAUGUGUACACCGAAGACGAUGCCAGGUUCAUCUACGGGCAUGGAAGGGCGUGCUGCGCUUGAAGACUCUCGCUUUAUCUUCCUGUAUCAGCGUCUCCAUGUAUGCAAUGGCAAACGACUUUGUCACUUGUCAGUUCAUAGCUAGUUGUAAGUCAGCCACUCUAAAUACAAAAUAAUAGAAAGGAGAUGAGUAAUAUGUACCACUUGUGAAAA